CAAAAAGAGGCUUAAUAAUGCCCGCCGGUGUAUCUUGGGGACAGUACCUUAAAUUCAUGGGCAGCGCCUUGCUGGCCAUGAUGGCCGGCUCACAGGCUGUGCAUAUGUACUAUAAGCCGCUGCAGGAUUUGCCAGUUUAUAUAGAAAAGGAGCAGCAUCAUUUACAUGAUGUUACGCAGACAAAGGCCAAGAGUUAGUUUUGGUUAUAAAUUCAAAAUACGUUUCUUUUUUUUUGUUAACUUAAUAAUGAAGUUUAAU